AUGGCCGCCCUGCCGGAGGUGCAGCCUUUCCUGCGCGCACACCCGCAGGCAGCUUCUACCCAGGUCUUGAGGAGAUCUUUGCCUUGCAAAGCCUCCCAGACAAGCGGGAGUGGUGCGCGCUACCCUUCUCUUGGCGCUUUAGCCUGUGCUUUGUCGACGUCAACAUGCGCGAGGCGCUCUUGGCUUCUGCGGGCCAGUGCAAGGAGGUGUAGGGUUCGGUCCUGCGCCUCGAGCCAGCACGAGAGCCACGAAACGGACGUGGUCUUGGUGGGGAGCGGCCUCGGCAGCCUGAGCUGCGCCGCGGUGCUGGCGGCCGCCGGGCGCCACGUCACCGUGUGCGAGUCGCACUACCGGUUGGGUGGAGCCUGCCACACUUUCACGGCCAAAGUCGCUGGAGCUGGAGAGUUCCACUUCGAGUCAGGCCCUUCACUGUACAGUGGCCUCAGCCUGGAGGAAAGUCCCUCGCAGCUAAAACACGUCUUCCAGAUUGUGGGCAAAGAACCCCAGUGGAUCCAAUAUGACCGUUGGAAUGCCUUCUUGCCCGAGGGCGAGGUGAAUGUAGCGGUUGGAUACCAAGAAGUGGUACAGAAGCUGUUACCUGCCUAUGGAGGCACCGAUGCGGUCGCCCAAUGGCAGAAGCUCAUGUCCGAAUUAAAACCCAUGUCCGAUGCUUUGUACAAUGCCCCUCCCUUUGGUGCCCUGCGAGAUGAUUCGUGGGCUGCGGUGACCAUGGGCCGAUUCUUCCGGCGGCUCGGCCCCCUGCUUUUCGAUAUCCCUGGAGGUGCUGCGCGCUUAAGCCAGCCCUUCGAGGACUUCCUGAGGGAGGUUGGAGUCACGGACAGCUUCGUGAAGAACUACCUGAGCCUUUUCAGCUUUUUGCUGCAGGGCCUUCCCAGCUACGGCUCGCCCACCUCCAUGAUGGCCUACAUGAUGGCGGAUCUGUAUCGCAAGGGUGGGACUUGCCUCGACUAUCCCAAAGGAGGCUCGGAAGCCAUCGUUCAGGCCUUGCUUGAUGGCAUCGAAGAAAAGAGUCCUUCUGCCAAGAUUUGGAGCCAGGCGCACGUGGAGGACAUUCUGGUCGAGCAGGGCCGUGCAGUUGGUGUGCGUCUCAAGAACGGUGCCACCAUACGUGCGCGUGAGGCAGUGGUGAGUGGUGCCGACAUUGGCGUGACACAGCAGCUGCUGGCCAAUGCAGAGGCUCCGGAACUUGAAGGUUUCUUUGAGGAGCAGUGGGGAGAGUUCGAGCCGUUGAACUCCUUCAUCCAUAUCCAUUUGGGCUUCCGCGGAGAGGGUCUUCCAACCGCACACAGCCCGGAGUUCCCAGCACAGUGGGGCGUGGUGAAUGACUGGUCUGACCUGGAGGCAGCCAGGAAUGUGGUGCUGGUCAGCGUGCCUUCUUUACUGGACCCUGACUUUGCGCCCAAGGCUGGUCUCAUUUCACCUUCGGAUCAUCCUUUGCAGGGCUUUCAUAGCCUACACGCCUACACGCCAGCGACGGAACGCUGGGCGGACUGGGAGCAUUUGGACCGAAGCAGUGCUGAGCAUCUCGGCAGAGGGAAUGAGUAUCGGCAGAAGAAGGCAGAAGCUGCUGACUUCUUGUACCAGGCCAUCGAACGGCAGGCGCUGGGAGAAGGUUUGCUCACAGGACUGCGAGCACAUGCGUGGGCGCAGGUUCCUGACAUCCGCUCGAGGGUGGUCUUCGAGAAGGUGGGCACACCUUUGACACAUGCGCCCGGGCGCUUCUUGCGAAAACCAAAGGGAGCCUAUGGCUGGCGCGUGUUGGCUGGCUCCAAUUUACCAAGUCAUAAGACACCGCUCGCAGGCCUGCAUCUCUGCGGAGACUCCACCUAUCCGGGCAUUGGUGUGCCAUCAGCUGCCAUGAGUGGCCACAUUUGUGCCAACAACAUCCUCUCGGUGACGGAGCACUGGUCCUUGCUGGACCGGAUCCGUGAGUGGCACUAUGAGCUCGACAUGUCUUGCCUUGGUUUUGCCUUAGCCUCCUCGCGCUUGGUCGGCCGAGGGUCCUUGGAGGUGGGGCACAAUGCGCCGAACCAAUGGCGGCUAGAGAAAAGUGAUGUAGAGAUCCGAAAAGAAGCGCAGAAGAGGGCCAAGGAGAGAAUUCCCGGACGUCCAGUGGUUUUCUUGGACAUUGAGGUGGCCGGUCAUCCAGCAGCCAGGGUGGUGUGCGAGAGACUGAGCUUGGUGUGCGAGAGAGGUGAGCUUUUCUCAGACUUGGUCCCCAAGACCGCGGAGAACUUCCGCUGCCUUUGCACGGGCGAGAAGGGCUACAGCACGGCUGGAAAGCCGCUGCACCUCAAGGGAAAUGCCUUCCACAGGGUGGUUCCAGGCUUCGCAGUGCAGGGUGGUGACAUUACCAGGGGAGAUGGCACUGGUGGAGAAUCUGUCUACGGCGGCACCUUCGAGGAUGAGAGCUUCGACUUGUCCCAUGACGCUCCAGGCCCACGGCCCGGCUUGGGGGACGCCAAGUCUGUGAUCGUCGACUGCGGGGUGCUGGCGCGCGCGGGUUUUGCCGGAUGGGCGGAUGCGCAGAUCGGCACGCGCAGAUCGGCACGAGUAGCGCACUUGUUCCACAUCCUCAAGAAGUACAAGGGGGCCAGGAAAGCAGAGACUUGGAAAGGGGGUGAGAUCACCCUCACCAAGGGCAAGGUGCGCGACUCCGACUGGGCUCACGUCAUCCAUUGGCGAUUCGAAGCGAGGAGACCGAGGCCCCAAGGCGUCCUUCGCCCCGUCCUUUGCGCGUCAGGGCAUCCUUCAUGUUGA